CAGUCGUCGCCGGUCGGUCCUAAGAGGUGUACCGCCCGACUCUGGUCCACGCCCCCCGACCGGCAACCCGACCAGGUCAGGUCAGGUCAGGUCGACAGCCACUGCGGCCCCUUCGGUGGUGACAGGGUCGAUCAACAAAACUCCGGGCUGGUGAGUGCUCUGUGAUAAAAGGCGACGCGGCUGGUACACGUGGUUCUUACGAGUCUGAUUUUGCGUUUGACGUGGAGUGGUUUAGGCUUUGCCGGCAUCAAGUUUCAUGAUUUCAAAGACAGUCGGUCUGUGUGCGCGUUGUGACAAUCCGACCGCUGUGAUUUGAUGCGAGUGAGAAGUGUAAGUGAAGUGUGAGAGCAAGUUGCAGCAGACAGUUGAGGUACAGUUGCUUAUAAUUGUUCCACUUGUUUGGGGCACUAGCAGCAAGCAAGAUGAACGAAAAGGAGAUCCAGCUGGCGCAUGCGAUGCUGAACGCAGAAACCGAGGGAUGCAACUUCAACGCAAUCAAGCAGAUGUCACAUGCUAGCAUUCUCCAGGAGAAAAUUGAAAAGGGCAUGAGACGGACGCGCUCGCUGAACGCCCCCAGCCCGAUCCAGCAGUUCGGACCAUGCGGACGCAUCAUGAAGAACUCGGCCAUGGUCAUGACAAUCCAGGACCCUGCCAGCCAGCGUCUGACCUGGUACAAGGCGCCCAUGGCCGUGCUGGUCAUCAAGAAGGUCCGCGACCCCACCGUUCUGCCGCCCUUCAUGCAGCUAGUCAACUGGCUAGCUGACGAGAAGAAAAUGAUUGUGUUCGUGGAGAACUCGACGGUAGACGACCCGCUGCUCAAGAACAACCCUCAGUGGGCGGCCACCAGCCACCAGAAGGUUCAGACGUUCAGGGACGGACAGGAUGACCUUACGGACAAGAUCGACUUCAUCAUCUGUUUGGGCGGGGACGGCACACUGCUCUAUGCCAGCUCACUGUUCCAGCAAUCUGUACCACCUGUGAUGGCUUUCCAUCUCGGAUCUCUGGGAUUCCUCACUCCGUUCAAGUUUGACAACUUCCAGGAGCAAGUCGACUCCGUUCUUGAGGGUCACGCGGCUCUGACGCUGCGCUCCCGACUGCGCUGUAUCAUCCUACGGAAGGACUCGGACACACGCUCGGAGCCUCCCAUCAACCUACUGGUGCUGAACGAGGUUGUGGUGGACCGCGGUCCGUCGCCGUACCUCAGCAACAUCGACCUCUACCUGGACGGAAAGAAAAUCACCUCCGUUCAGGGCGACGGUCUGAUCGUCAGUACGCCCACGGGUAGCACGGCGUAUGCGGUGGCCGCCGGUGCCAGUAUGAUCCACCCGAGCGUGCCGGCCAUCAUGGUGACGCCCAUCUGUCCGCACUCGCUCUCUUUCCGACCGAUCGUCGUGCCCGCCGGCGUCGAGCUCAAGAUCUGCCUGAACCCUGACGCGCGCAACACGGCCUGGGCUUCGUUCGACGGCAUGCACCAUCAGGAGCUCAGAAAAGGCGAUAGUCUGCGGGUGACGACGUCCGUGUUCCCGGUGCCCUCUAUCUGUUCGUCCGACCAGAUCACCGACUGGUUCGACUCCCUGGACGAGUGCCUGCGCUGGAACGACCGUAAGAAGCAGCGUCAGCUCGAGUCGGUCGACUACCCACCGCCGGGUCCCGAGUAUAAACAGCAUCAGAGCUAGGGCGGAGACUGCAUCGCGGGGGACUGACGGGAGAGUGAGCUCGCGUGGGGGAUUCGUGAGCCAGACGGGAUCAGUUUGUGGAGCUGAUGGUCCGUACUGUUGACCUGGGACCACUAUGAUCCGUUUCGAGGUCAGGCCGAUCCUAUUUCGGAUCACGAGGUCGUGAUCUUGAGGCACGCGAUGCUGAUUGUGUUUCACGAGAUUCGUAAUCGCGAUUAUCCGUCCACAAGGCUGCGGAGCCGGGGAUCCGAGCCGCCCUCUCUAGCCCUGUUU